CCCUUGUCCCGCAUAUCAUCACCAACUUCACCCACGACAAUCGCACCACGAUUACUAUACGUGAGCUAGGUGACACGAAAGAACCAUGUCGUCUCCUUCGCAAAGACGGAGCACCCGCAGCUCGCAGGCUCGAAGCAGUCCAGCACCCAACGGAAACGGUACUUCGCAAGGCACAAGAACUCCCCGUGCCACACGCUCCUCGCAACUUGCAUCGAGUCCUUUGUUCUACCAGUCGUCACCUGCGAAUGGAGACAGUCAAGCAUCCUCGCCGCCAGUAGUGGACAUUGGCGACCAAAGUAGUGCAGCUGGCACACCGGGAGCACUUCCCAGCUCACCACUCCGACAAUUCUCCAACUCCCAAAGCACGCACGAUGCCAGUCGCAACGACGGUGAUCGUACUCCACGAGCGAGUGGUCAUGGCCUGCUCGGUGAAUCGUCACCUAUUCGAUACGAGCCUAGUUCCAGCCCAGGUCGUGCACUCCACCCUCAGUCUGACCUGAGAAGCGAUAGCAGUGCUCUUUUCGUCGGGUCCCGCACGCCAAGAGCCUCAAGGACAGGACGCAGAGGCGAUAUCAACUCGGAGGUCUUGAGUGGCACCCCUCGCUCCAGUAGAGUCAUCCUCGAUGAGUCCGGACGUGUGGUCCGCGAGAUCCACUCCGACGCUGUAUCUUUCAACAACCUAAACCCAAACACUUCAGAGGCGGAUCGGAUUGGUGGCCAAGACAACGCUUCCAUCUGGGGUACCACGGUCUCGAUUGACGACACAUAUGCGACGUUCAAGGACUUCCUUAAGAACUUUACAAAGAAGUACCGGAUGUGGGCAGACGGCAUGACCACGGAGCAGACCGACGCCGAUCCCGAAGCACCAUCGAAGCCAUACUGGGAGGAGCUCCAGAACAUGUUAAUCCUUGGCCAGCGCAUUCUCUACGUGGAUAUCCGAGACUUCAAGCUGUAUCCGCCUACUCGCAAGAUGUGGCACCAAAUCCAGCACUACCCGCAGGAAAUUGUUCCUCUGAUGGAUCAAUCUGUCCAUGAUGUGAUGAUCGAGCUUGCGCAAGCGGAGAUGGCUAGAGAGAGAAGCCAAAGCAAUGGUGCCUCUCAGCCCACCAACAGCCAGAGCUCCGAUGUCCAGUUUCCCAGCUCAGAGCGGAGCGAGGAACCUACAGCUGCCAGACCUCAGCAGGGCCCGACGCUUGAAGAGCAAGUCAUGGAUCAAACAUACAUGACUCGUCCCUUUGGCCUGGACAAGGCCACGAAUAUGCGGGACCUUAAUCCAUCUGAUAUGGACAAACUUGUCUGCGUUAAGGGACUCGUCAUUCGCGCGACACCCGUCAUCCCGGAUAUGAGACAGGCCUUCUUCCGAUGUGCUGUCUGCAGCCAUUCUCUUUUGGUUGGCCUAGAUCGUGGAAAGAUUCGGGAACCCACCGAAUGUCCUCGACCGAUGUGUGGCUCAAAGAACUCGAUGCAAAUUGUUCACAACCGAUGCGAGUUUGAAGACAAGCAGGUUAUCAAGCUACAGGAAACACCUGACGCCGUGCCUGCUGGCCAGACUCCACACUCUGUGUCCGUAUGUGUCUACAAUGAGCUUGUGGAUUUCUGCAAAGCUGGUGAUCGGAUCAAGAUUACGGGAAUCUUCCGUGUCAGUCCAGUCAGGGUCAACCCACGCCAACGCUCUGUGAAGAGUGUAUUCAAGACCUUCGUGGAUGUGGUUCAUGUUGCCAAGGUGGACAAUAAACGCCUUGACGCGGAUGUCUCGACCUUGGAUCAAGAGCCCGUUGAUGCCGACAACAACAUUGAUGAGGUGCGCAAAAUAACCCCUGAAAUGGAAGAGAAGAUCAAGGAGACCGCGGCUCGACCAGACAUCUAUGAUCUGCUUGCCCGCUCUCUGGCUCCAUCGAUUUACGAGAUGGACGACGUGAAGAAGGGCAUCCUCCUGCAGAUGUUCGGCGGUACCAACAAGACAUUCCACAAGGGAGGCAGCCCGAAGUACCGCGGCGACAUCAACGUGCUGCUUUGUGGUGAUCCUUCGACUGCCAAGUCUCAGAUCAUCCAGUACGUACACAAGAUCGCGCCCCGCGGCGUCUAUACCAGUGGCAAGGGCUCUUCCGCAGUUGGUUUGACUGCCUAUGUUACUCGCGACCCCGAGACCCGCCAGCUUGUACUCGAAUCUGGCGCUCUUGUUUUGUCCGAUGGCGGUGUUUGCUGUAUUGAUGAGUUCGACAAAAUGAAUGACUCGACAAGAUCUGUGCUUCACGAAGUCAUGGAGCAGCAGACUGUUUCCGUGGCCAAAGCCGGUAUCAUCACUACGCUCAAUGCCAGAACAAGUAUUCUGGCAUCCGCCAACCCCAUCGGCUCGCGCUACAACCCCGAUCUGCCAGUUCCCCAGAAUAUCGAUCUGCCGCCGACACUGCUCUCUCGUUUCGAUCUGGUAUACCUUGUCCUUGAUCGCGUGAACGAGUCAACGGACCGGCGGCUUGCCCGUCACUUGCUGUCGAUGUAUCUCGAGGACAAGCCUCAAUCUGCUGCCACAGCUAAGGAUAUACUUCCUGUCGAGUUCCUGACUUCCUACAUCUCGUACGCCAAAUCCAAUAUCCACCCGUCCCUGUCUCAAGAGGCAUCAGCUGCGCUGGUUGAGGCGUACGUGGGUAUGCGGAAACUUGGCCAGGACGUUCGGGCGGCUGAAAAGCGGAUCACUGCUACAACAAGACAACUCGAGUCCAUGAUUCGUCUUGCUGAGGCACAUGCCAAGAUGCGCCUCUCGGACACUGUUUCGAAGGCUGACGUUCUAGAGGCCGAGCGUCUAAUUCAGUCUGCCCUGAAGACUGCUGCUACAGAUUCCCAAGGCAGGAUCGACAUGAGCCUGCUUACUGAGGGCACCAGUGCGGCCGAUCGUAAGCGCAAGUCUGAGCUGAAGGACGCAGUCGUUCGUCUGCUUGACGAGCUCACCAGUGGUGGACAUAGUGUUCGCUUCAGUGAGGUCAGCAAGCGCCUGGCAGAGGGCUCAAGUCUCGCGGUGGAGCCAGCCGACUUUGCAGAGACGAUGCGGGCCCUCGAGAUGGAAGGUUUGGUCAUGAUCACCGGCGAAGGUGCGCGCAAGAGUGUCCGGCGGGUCACUGGAGUGGCCUAAACGGAGAGGGGCAAAUCUGCGGAUCGAUAUUUUGGUUGUAAAUGUGAAGAGAUGACGAUCAUGAGAGACGCCUGAGGAGUACGAUGGUGUUGGGCUAGAUUACUUGCUAUCGUGCGUUGGCGUUGCUGGGAAUAAUGCGGAAUUCCUUCUCAUUCAUGUGGAUCAAGAAGCCGGAUGUGUUUUGUGAUAAUAUCAGUAUCAAAUCAAGGACUGGUACUAUGAAUUGACCAAGAGUUGCUAUCAAGCUUUGAACGGACAGGCAGAAUCCGAGACGAGCAUGAUCCCGGCAACGGCC